CAGGGACAUAUCAUCUGAAGGCUAAACUUGGUGUCUGCAGUUCAUCGGUAGCGGCCAUGUCGAACGCCCUUGACACAGCAUCGGCUUCCACGGUUACGAAGCCCCGCAGGCCGUUCUACCGGAUGAUCGACGGUGUCCCAAAAUGUGCCUGGUUGGACCCGGACAUUUAUCGAGAGAACAGCACUUUCCGCGCUGCUAAGGGCGACGUGGUACAGAGUUCAUUCCCAAAGAGUGGAACGCACUGGGUCCAGUACAUCACACAGCUCAUCCUGAAAGGUGGCGAACCGGUGAAUUCCUACGACGAGUUUGCAUGCAACACCCAUGCGUUGGAGUACGUGAGGCACGACGGAUGGAAACCAGCAUUGCCAAUGAGACUGUUUUUCACGCACCAAAUGUUGCAGCCGAACACCAUCAGUGAAGAUGCGAAGUACGUGUACGUUGCACGAAAUCCCUGGGACGUCUGCGUGUCUCUGUAUCACGCAAUGACAGAUCUAAGCGUGUGGCGCUUUCAAGACGGAACCUUCGACGAGCUAUUUGAUGCUUUCCUCGAAACGGACCUCGGCUACGGGAGCUACUUCGAUCACGUGGCUUCGGGUUACGCACUGAAAGAUAAACCAAACGUGUUUUUCCUGACAUACGAGGAACUCAAGAGGGACACUCGGGGCAUGGUUUUGAGGCUGGCGCAUUUUCUCGGCGAUCAGUACGGAAAAUUUCUAGACGAGAACGAAGUGCAGCUGAACAAAAUAGUGGAAUUGUCCAAGCCCGAGCACAUGCGAAAAGUUGUUCUCGUUGAUUUUCAGGCAAAUCGGUCGCCGGAAUGGGAAAAUUUUUUCCGCAGGAACGAACUCUCAAGUAAAACAGGAUAUGAUGGAGACACGACAAAGUACACCAUCGUCAGAGAAGGAAAAGUUGGUGGAUGGAAAAAACACUUCUCAUCACAGCAGCUGGCACGCUUAGAGAAGAAGAUACAAGACGAAAAGGAGAAAGCUUCAUUCAUAGAGCUGUGGAAAGACAUUCGUGCUGAAGCAGUGGAAAUGUCUUCGUCUAUACGUUCAUAGAGGCAGGAUGAAGUUCGAUGAUCUUCCCUUUUUGCGUUUGGGCAUGAUCUGAAUUAUCUUUUCACCAAUAUUACCGGGGCCUAGAUGCGUUGCCGUUCGCUUAAGGGACGCAAAAUGUCUUGCUGCACGACUAGUAUCGUAGAAUAAAAGCCUUAUAUUUGAACACA